AUGUUGGGUGGAGCUUGUUUAGUCGUAAAUAAUAGAGUAGCUCCUGUAGAUAAUGUGUUCAACUUUUUGGAUGAGGCAGAGAGUAGAGCUGUUAUGGACUCCAUGGUUAAUAAGAAAACACUGAAUGUUAAGACAAAAAGCGUGGUAAAUUUAGUAAUGGAUCCUCUAAAAUCUUAUUUCAAUCCAUUAGAACAUAUAUUAGAAGACAGUGAGGUAGACAAUGGACUCGAACACCUUUUUAGUCUUGAAUCCUUGGGAAUAAAAAAGUGUGAAAAAGAAUUGGUCUCCUUUGAUAAAGAACAAAUUGACAGAUUUAGAGAGGGGAUCUCUUUUGAUAAUGGAUUUUAUCAUGUAGAAUUGCCCUGGUAUACUGAUAAAAUUGACAGCGUCCCAUCUAAUCAUUUUGUUUCACUUAAGGUAUUAGACAGAACAGUAGAGUAUCUUGGUAAAAAGGGUCUCAUUGACAAAUACCAGGAAGUUUUUGAUAAACAACUCGAGGAUAGUAUAAUCGAGGAAAUUAAAGUAAGUCCUUCUGACUAUCAUAAGUAUAUAUGGAUUCCCCAUAGACCAGUUAUAAAAUUAGAAGAGCAAGUUACCACAAAAAUCAGGCCAGUAUUUAACUGUUCUUUAAAAACUUACAGGGAAUUGCCUUCACUUAAUGAAGCAGCUUAUCCUGGGAUAGAUUUAAUGGGCUCAAUACUGAAAUUGCUCUUUUACUUUAGAACUAAUAAAUAUGUAAUGUUGAGUGACGUCAAACAAGCUUUUUUGAUGAUUAAAUUAAAAAAUGAAGUGGACAAAAAUAGAUUUUGUUUCUUUUGGAAACGGGGAAAUAAAUUAGUAUCUUAUCGCUACAAAACAAUAGUUUUUGGUUACACUUCUUCACCUUUUAUAUUAAAUUUUGUUAUGAAACAUCACGCAGAAAGUUAUCCUGAUGAUAAGUGUAAAGAAAUAUUAACUAAUAACUUUUAUGUAGACAAUCCUCUUGUAACUGGUAACAACAUUGAUGAAAUGAAAAAUUUGUAUAAGCAAGCUAAUGAUAGGAUGGAACAAGGGGGCUUUAUUUUAAGGUCUUGGAACUCCAAUUGUGUAGAGUUGAGAGAAGAAAUGGCGUCUGAUAAUAGACUUGCUGAAGCCAGAUAG